AUGGAGCGGCCGAGGCACCAGGGGAUGGCGAAGAACACGUAUAUGCGCUGGCGGCUCCCGCUCGUAUGCCUCCUCUGGGAGGUGGCCAUGAUCGUCCUCUUCGGGGUCUUCGUGCGCUUCAGCCCCGAAGCCGAUGCGCACUGGGAGGAAGAGAAGCGAAAGAUGAACGUGACCAGCGACAUAGAGAACGAUUUCUACUUCCGAUACCCGUCUUUCCAGGACGUCCAUGUGAUGAUCUUUGUGGGCUUUGGCUUCCUCAUGAUGUUCCUCAAGCGUUAUGGAUUCGGAGCCGUGGGUUUCAAUUUCCUCCUUGCUGCCUUUGGGAUCCAGUGGGCUAUCCUGAUGCAAGGCUGGUUCCACUCUUUCGAGAACGGGAAGAUCCUCAUUGGAGUGGAGAACCUGAUCAAUGCUGAUUUCUGCGUGGGCUCUGUGUGCAUUGCCUUUGGGGCCAUCCUGGGCAAAACCAGCCCCAUACAGCUCCUCAUCAUGACUUUGUUUCAAGUCACGCUCUUCGCAGUGAAUGAGUACAUCCUCCUCAACCUGCUUCAUGUUAAGGAUGCGGGUGGCUCCAUGACCAUUCACACCUUCGGAGCUUACUUUGGCCUCACAGUGACAUGCAUCCUGUACAGACCCAACCUGGAGCAGAGUAAGGACAAGCAGGGCUCCGUGUACCACUCCGACCUCUUCGCUAUGCUCGGUACCCUGUAUCUAUGGAUGUACUGGCCCAGUUUCAACUCGGCAAUUUCUGAGCAUGGGGAUGCCCAGCAUCGGGCUGCCAUUAACACGUACUGCUCGCUGGCCGCUUGUGUCCUCACCACAGUGGCCUUCUCCAGCAUGCUGCAGAAGAAAGGCAAGCUUGACAUGGUCCACAUCCAGAACGCAACGCUGGCGGGCGGCGUGGCUGUGGGCACCAGUGCGGAGAUGAUGCUGACUCCAUACGGCGCCCUCAUUGUUGGGUUCAUCUGUGGCAUCGUGUCCACAGUGGGGUACGUCUACCUCACGCCUUUUUUGGAGUCUAGGUUGCACAUCCAGGACACAUGCGGCAUCCACAACCUCCACGCCAUGCCAGGCCUUAUUGGGGGCAUUGUGGGGGCCAUUACUGCAGCUGCAGCCACGGAGGAUGUAUAUGGAACGGAAGGGCUCACCAAGGCGUUUGGCUUCACUGGCGAGUACCGCAUGCGGACACCCAGUGUCCAAGGAGGGUUCCAGGCGGCCGGCAUUUUCGUGUCUCUGCUGAUGGCUUUUGCCGGGGGAGCCCUUGUGGGGGCCAUCCUGAAGCUGCCCGUCUGGGGCGACCCCGCCGACGAGAACUGCUUUGAGGACGACAUUUACUGGGAGGUGCCGGAGGACGAGGAGAGCGACGUGUACCACAUGCACAACCCCGACAAGCCCGCCUCGCCCUGAGCCGCCCCCGGCCCUCCGCCGUCCCCCGCCAAGGGCGCUGCCCCCGCAGCGGGGCGGCGGGGCUGCCCGCCAUCUUCCUGCCUGCGGGGCUGCCCCCGCCAGCCUC